AUGGAGUCGCGGGACAAGGACGGGGACGCUGCGCCACCGUCCAGCAACGGCAGUGACGCCAAGGUACCUGCAUCGACGCGCCACGUGCGCCGGCAGCAAGAAGAGCUGGCGUACCUCCGAGACAAGAUCACCGAGCUCCACAGCGUGCUCGAGGUACUCAUGCUCGACAAGGAAGUCGAGGAGGCCGUGCAUCCGCCAGGUCGGUGGAAGCAGCUUGCACAGAACGAGCGCAAGCGGCAGCAUGACGCGCUUGUUGAAAACGAGCGCUUGAAGGCUGCGGUGCAGGAGCAAGUCCACUUUGCCGAGUCGCUCGCCUCGCUCCUCCGCAAGAAACCCCGGCUCUGCCUCUUUCCAACCGACCCGCGCGACCAGUGGCGCGAGCUGCACUUGGUGCGCGAACCGAGCGCGCGCCGAGACGCCUUCCAUGCGAUCGUCGACCGCGAAUACCAACUUCUCAACAGCGCGUUCAUCGAGGCUGGGCUCAUCGAGUCGGAGACGCAGGUGCCAAGCCACGAGCCGCGUCUACAUGGCCACACCCUCGAGAUUCAAUCCAAGUACGCGGUGGCGCUACCGCUCAAUGGCGCCACCGACGUGAGCACGCAUCUCGCGCUCGUCUCUGCGACGCUAUGGGACGUGCUCCGGGGUGCAGUCAAAAUCCCAACGCGCAGCAAAACGCGUGUGCUCCUCGACCAAGUCGACGACAGCGUGUCAUACUCGAUGAACACGAAACCGUACCGACUCGGAUCGACCCAGCGCCGGAUGAUCUACAAGCUCUACAAGGAGGCAAACCGGAGCGUCGUCGUCGGGCGCAGCAUCGAACGCGACGAGUUGUACCCGAUCACGACCGACUGCGACGUCUCGAAAGAGGUCAUGUGGUGCACCAUCGAGCCGAUUCACAACGCGAUUUUGCUCAAGUACUUUCACAAGACGCAGCCGUUCCGCGCCAGCAACGGCGACAUGUCACCGCGCCUCAUUAGCGAGUACCUCGUCGACAUCCACAGCACGUUUAGCGACGCGACCGAGGUCGUUACGAACGAGGUCAAGGAGCGCGUCGCCCAGAGGAGUCGUGGGACAUUGAGAUUAUACAAUUCGCUCCGACUUGAGUCCAUGACCAGUCGCCAGCCGCCGGCUCUCGUGCCCGCGAUGCCCGUAUCGUGGACAACGCACUCGAUCUCGCACCUCUUGACGCCCGAGGAGCAAGACAUCUUGACGACGCUCGUUGAAGCCCGUCCGCGCUCGGCGUACCAGCGCUACAUGGACCGCCAGCAGGCUCAAGCCGACGCGCUCCGGGUUCAAAUCCGCCACCUCGAAGACUUUCUUCGCACGCUACAAGCGGUGCAGCAUAUCGGGCAUCGCCCAGUGUCGUGUGAGUACUGGCAGCUCGCGCGGGACGAGCGCCGGCGCAUGCUCAGCGCGAUCUUUGAGAACCGACGAUUGCGAGCUGCGGUGCAAGAACAAGCCGACUUUGCCGAUAGCGUCUCGGAGCUCCUGCACAAGCAGCCCGCUAUUCCCUUUACCUUGUGACGACAAUGUAUUGUACUG